GAAGACCUGGUCACUCUGCGAUCCGACGAGCAACGGUGCACAUCAGCAUCGGUUGCGUCCGUUCAGUCCGUCUUCCUCGUCGAUUUCCUCGGUUUGCGUUUUUGGAAAGCUCUUCAGGUUCGAUUGUGGUGGGUGAAGACAACCCAAGUGCCGGUCCGUGGAAGCAGCAUUAUUAACAACCUGUGUUUCCGACGUGUCGCGCUGCCGCGCGCAACUUAGUGACGGUAAACAGAAAGAGUCGUUUAGUGAGAUGCCUCCGCAGAACUCGAUCGAGUUAACUACCAAACCGGAAGCCGAUGGAGCUAACGGGAAGCUGUUGCCUACGAAUGGAACUAAUGGUAAGGGAUCAGACGGAGUCGAGGAUCCACCGACGACGACGCUUAUUGUCCCACCGGACGGUGGCUGGGGAUGGCUGGUGAUGGUGGCAUCCUUCUUCUGCAACGUUAUCGUGGACGGUAUCGUGAUGAACGUCGGUAGCAUCCUCGUACCGAUCGGCAAGGAGUUUAACGUGAGCUCAACGGAAUCGGCAUUGGUUGGUUCGCUGUUGAGCGGGUUCUAUCUGCUUACCGGUCCAUUCGUUAGUGCCCUGGCCAAUCGUUGGGGUUUCCGGAUUGUCACGAUCAUCGGAGCUGUUGUGUCUGCGUUCGGGUUCUUCAUCUCCAUGUACGCCACCAACAUAAUCACGCUGUACAUAACGGUCGGUGUUAUCGGUGGCAUUGGGUUCUGCUUCAUCUACGUACCGUCCGUGAUUACCGUAGGGUACUACUUCGAGAAGUGGCGUGCCAUUGCCACUGGUGUUGCACUUUGCGGUUCCGGAGUCGGAACGUUCAUUUUCGCUCCCUUGAAUAAGGUACUGCUUGGUCCAAAUGACAACUGGCGUGAAACUCUCGGAUACCAGGCCGGAAUCAUUCUGUCGAGCAUUCUGUUCGCGUUGGUGUUCCGUCCGAUCCAACCGACCGAGGUGACCGUUAAAAAGGACGAAGACACACCGGCAGAGAAGGGUAUCCGAUUGGGUGAAGGACUUCCCGUUGUCUAUACGAGACCUUUACCCGAGGGCCGGUACGCGUACUCGAUGCCCAACAGUUCGCACAACACCUGGAUGGGAGCGAACCCGAACUACCAGUACCCGACGGCGGCUGAAAUUUUCCGUCAGGGUAGUGGCCACAAUCUGGAUCGUCGUCCUUCGCACACCUCUGGCCAGCUCGUUAGCCACAAUCUGCAGAGUACUACGAAGAAGCUGGAAAAGAUUCAGAAGCGUCUUGCCGGACAGAUGACCCCGGAUGAUACGAUCCAUGCUCAUGGCUUCCAAUCGGCACAUCACGAGCUUAACCCGGUCGGUGAGGCUGAUGAGGAGGACACCGAGAAUGGUACGCUAUUGGCCGCACCCGAACAAACGACCAUCACGGCUGCUACGACGACAUCUGCCCGCCGGCACACCGUUUCCGGUCGUCGACCCAAUGAACCGGCUGGUUCGAGGCACGGUUCACGCCGAACUCUCAACGAAGGUGCCCGUCCGAUGUACCGUGACGAUAUCUUCUUCACCGGAUCACUGGCCCGUAUUCCGCAGUAUCAAUCGCAGACUUCUCUUGGCUACCACAUGUCCGUUACCCGACUACCGACUCAGACCGACGUCGAGGAAGAAGUCGAAAAGCAGUGCAAGAUAUGUCCCGAAGCCGUGCGUCGUACACUGGCGACUAUGCUGGAUAUGUCGCUGCUCAAGUCACCCUCCUUCAUGAUGCUUGCCUUCAGUGGAUUCUUCACGAUGAUGGGUUUCUUCGUUCCGUUCACCUACGUAAAGCUACGUGCUACGGGUGCCGGUAUGGCCGACGACGUCGCAACCUUCAUCGUAUCGGCCAUCGGCAUCUCCAACACCAUUGCUAGGAUCGUCUGUGGACUGUUGAGUUCCUUCCAAAGCGUGAACGCACUUCAUCUGAACAACGUGGCCAUUACGCUUGGUGGAAUUGCUACCAUGAUCAGCGGUAUCUACAUCACCGAAGCAACUCAGUUUACCUAUGCCGGAAUCUUCGGUAUUGCCAUCGCUUGCUUCUCGGCCUUGCGUUCCAUCCUGGUGGUCGAUCUGAUGGGUUUGGAGAAGCUUACUAACGCCUUCGGUAUACUGUGUCUGUUCCAGGGAGUCGCUGCAUUCGUUGGUACUCCCCUCGCCGGAUUCUUCUUCGGGCUGACCGGUACAUUCGAUGUUUCAUUUUACGUCUCCGGUGGACUCAUUACACUGUCCGCCAUCCUGUGCUAUCCGCUAGGAUACGUGAACAGAUGGGAAAAGCAGCGGGCUGCAAAGAAGGAUUCCCAAAAGGUGUAAUAACCGAGGAGUGCGCCGGAAUUCGCCUGUAGAAAAAUCGCCCGCGUCAAUCUCCUUCCCGCAUCGACACUGAUGGUUGAAAAACGGAAAGAAAAUGUUGCUUUGCUUACCUUCGAAUUUGAAGAUAUGUUGUAUAUAUCCCAACAUAACAGUCUCGUGAGUUCGUGCUAGCGGUACUCUGAG